UCUAAACCACUCAGCCUCUUCAGCUCAAACAAAGAAACAGAAAAGAGAGAAACAGAGAAAGAGAAGUGAGAGCUAUGGCUGCUGGUGGUGAUUUCUUGCCCCCCUUGGUUAUGGUGGUUGUCCAAUUCCUCUAUGCAGGCUUAAAUAUUACGUCAAAGUUAGCCAUGGAGUUUGGGAUGAAUCCACUAGUUUUAGUUGCUUACAGGCAGAUGUUUGCUACCAUAGCCAUAGCUCCUUGUGCUUACUGGUUUGAGAGAAAAGGGAGACCCAAGAUUACAAAGCCUAUACUGUUUCAAAUUCUACUCUGUUCCUUAACUGGGGCAACAGCAAACCAAGUCUUUUACUACGUUGGGUUAAAAUAUUCAACCCCGACCAUCGCAUGCGCAUUGACCAAUGUUCUGCCUGCUGCAACUUUUGUCCUUGCUGUUCUUUUCAGACAAGAAUCUGUGGGGAUCAAAACAAGCCCAGGUGCAGCUAAGGUGAUCGGGACUGUUGUGUGUGUUGGAGGGGCAAUGUUGCUGUCGUUCUACCGUGGGCAAACGAUUCAGCUAGGUGAAUCUGGGAUUCAUUGGAAGUAUGCCGAGAUAAUGAGGGGGGGAAGUUCAACCAACCAAGGCAGCAGCAUCUGGGGCUCCCUCUGCUUGAUCAUAAGCUCUGUUGCUUGGGCGGCUUGGUUUGUUAUCCAAGCGAGAGUGAAUGAGAAGUUUCCAGCUCCCUACACCAGCACAGCUCUCAUGACUUUGAUGGCAACCAUUCAGUGUGGAGCAAUCGCCGUUGGUGUUGAGCACAAGACUGCUGCAGCUUGGUCAUUGAAAAGUUCAAUCAGGCUUGUCGGCGCUCUCUAUGCAGGAGUGGCGUGCUCUGGCGUGGCAUUUUGCCUAACCUCCUGGAGUAUCCAAAAGAAAGGUCCUCUCUAUGCCUCAGUUUUCAGCCCCUUCUUGCUCGUUAUCGUGGCUAUUUUCAGCUGGGCCUUUUUUCAAGAAAAAUUAUACGUAGGAACUGUUGUAGGGUCAUUGUUGAUUGUUGUUGGGCUAUAUGCUGUCCUGUGGGGAAAGACCAAAGAGGUGAAACUACAACAACAUAUCGAAAUGGUGGCAGCAGCAGAGGCAAAGCUAGACUGUAAUAACAAAGAAGACUUAGAAGAACAGUCCUAUGUGGUUUCAAAUGCCAUUACUCUCCAUAAGUAAUAGCUGAGAGAAAGGAGUAAGAAAGCUAAAUAUUAGCUUGGUGUGAUAUUUGAGAAUUGUAUUGAGAAUACAGAUCAAAAUCCAUCCAUUUUCAACAGAUAGAGUCAAGAACAUGUUUAAAGGAUACAUGCAUCCCUGUUUAUGAAAU